CGAAAAGGCACGUGCGUUGAUCCAUGAUCCUUCGAUCCCCCGGCCGGAGACUUUAUUUUUCCAUUGCCGAACAAGCUAAACUAACCUCGGCUUAGCAGCCGUUUCCCCUGCACCAAAUGUUAACUACUCCUUGAAGCUGAAGGCCAGAAAUAUACAACACCACAUACAACUCUCACAACCUCCUCCACAACCCACCCGCGGUCCCUCUCACCACCACCGCAACAAUGCCGCCAUCACAGGCACCCUCCUCCACCUCCACCUCCCCACCAAAAGACGAACAAUCCAACUCCACCCAACAGACCGACACCGAAACCGCAACCCUCCCCACCCGUCUCCGAACCCUCUUCACCAUCCCCGCCCCAAUUCGCACCCUCUUCGACCUCGUCCCCCUACACACCUACGCCCCCAACCCCCUCCCCACUCGCUCCCCCUCCCCCUCCCCCCUUCCAACCCUCCACAUCUUUACCUCCCCCUCCUCCCCCACAGGCCCCUCCCCAAACCCAACCUGUUUAAAACACCAAACCGCCCUCCGCCUCGCCUCUCUCCCACACACAAUUACGAACUCCACAAACCACGCCUCACCCACCGGCGCCCUCCCGUUCUUGCUGCCGCCUACUUCCUCCCCGCUUCUUCCUGCUGCGCUCUUGCCGAUUGGGGCGGGCCAGAUCCUAAAUUACGCCGCGAAAGCCGGCCACCCCCUCCCAGCGCGCCCCUCCCACCCAAAAGCAAAAGUCUACGCCUCCCUAAUAGACGACGCCAUCCGUCCCGCCUUCCUCCACGCCGUCUACCUCACCCCCGCCAACGCCUCCCUCCCAACGCGCCUCUACCUCGCCCCCGCCACCUCCUCCUGGCUCGUCCAAACCUACCAAGGCAUAACCCUGCGACGCGCAGCCCACGAGCAACUGUCCAUCGCCGCCCCAGGGGGCGUGGUUGAUAUCGACGAUAUUUAUGCCAGGGCAGCUGCGGCAUUUGAGGCGCUUGCGGGGGCGUUGGAGGGGGAGGAAUGGGUUUUGGGGGGGGAGGGAGGGGGGGUGACGAUGUUGGAUGCGGAGAUGUUUGCGUAUACGCAUUUAGUGCUUGAGGAGGGGAUGGGGUGGGGGGAUGGGAGGCUGGGGAGGGAGGUUAGGAGGUGGGGGGCGCUUGUGGAGCAUAGGGAGAGGGUGUUGAAGAGGUGUUGGGGGGGGGAGUAG